UGGCGGUCUUGUCGCAGUUGCUUUUUUCUGCCAAACAAUACUGAGAAAAUUGAUAAAGCAAACUAUUUUCGUUCCUUUACAGAGAAAUUUAGGUAUUUUAAUAAAUAAGCUAAAUAUAUUCUAACUAGUCAUUUUGAUAAUGUGAUAAUAAGUGUACUCAUGGCUUCCAAUGUGCACGACUCGCCCGUUCAGCAGACAUUUGUGGAGGAGAUAGAUUACAGUGAAAUACAGGAAUUAUCGGUGGUUGGAAAAGGAGCUUUCGGUGUAGUUUGGAAAGGACUAUGGAGAGACACAUUUGUGGCGGUGAAGCAUAUCAAUUCAGAGGCUGAGAAACGGGAGUUUGCGAUAGAAGUUCGGCAGCUGUCCCGUGUGUCACACCCCAACAUAGUUAGGCUGUAUGGAGCAUGUAUGAAAGGCGCUCAUGUAUGUCUUGUAAUGGAAUAUGCUGAGGGUGGUUCAUUGUACAAUGUCCUGCAUAACCGCCCCAAGCCUAAAUACACAGCAGCCCAUGCUAUGAGCUGGGCCAGACAGUGCGCUGAGGGAGUGGCAUAUCUUCACGCAAUGAAACCCAAACCGUUGAUACACAGGGAUUUGAAACCUCCUAAUUUAUUGCUGGUGUCUGGAGGGCAGCGACUAAAGAUUUGUGAUUUUGGAACUGCUGCUGACAAAGCCACAUACAUGACAAAUAACAAAGGCAGUGCUGCUUGGAUGGCUCCGGAAGUUUUUGAGGGUUCCACGUACACAGAGAAAUGUGAUGUUUUCUCAUGGGGUAUAAUCCUAUGGGAAGUACUUUCUAGAAGGAAACCCUUUGAAGAGGGAGGAUCAGCUUAUAGAAUUAUGUGGGCUGUACAUACAGGACGAAGGCCAGACCUAAUUGAGGGCUGCCCGGAGCCAAUUGAACAAUUGAUGACACAAUGCUGGCACAAAAGCCCGGCACAGAGACCAAGCAUGGCUGAGGUAGUAGAAAUAAUGACAUCCCUAUGCGAGUUCUUCCCUGGCGCGGACACUCCUAUCGACUACGACGACUGCGAAGACGACGACGAAGCGUGCUCAGAGGACGAAUACAUGGCAUGCGAUCAAGAGAGCCUGGACUCUGAUACUGAGCACUUGCUGUCGCAGCUGGUCACGCCCGUCGCGCCCGCGCAGCCGUCUCCGCGCAGCAUCGUCGGCACACAGGUCAACAAACUACAGAACCUCAUAGCGGCCGAAGCUCAACCGAAAGCCGCCUCUCUGACCAGAGAAGAAGUGGAGGCAUACAACAGAAUCGGCCCCAUCCGAAUUCCUCAACAGUUCAAGAGAGUGGACGAAGCGGGCAGGUCCUCCGUCACCAUCAAUAGGACUUCGAGCUCCCCGGUGCCUCAGGAGAGAGGCUACGCCCCAAGCGAGGGUAGCACUCCGCAAGAUACGUUGCGGGUGGUCCGAAGCCCGGUUGUGUUCAGUGAGAGCUCGUCUCCAAGACGGCUAUCUCCUAUAGUAAACUACAACAUCGGCAACAUGAAUCCUCGACACAUCGAUAUGGAGCAAUACUGGAACCGAGAAAACGACAAGCUCUCUCCAACCAGAAGUCACUCGGUCAACAGCAACACGAAUUCACUAAGGAAAGAGGAUUACAACCAGAACUAUUGUGAUAGACUGAGCGCAGGCAACAGUCCCAUGACGCCGGUAAAUGAGUUCAACGGGAAUAUGCAGGGACCGAUCGAUCCGAGAUAUCAAAUACCGUUGGAGAUCGAAGUUGGGCCGAAUGCCUGGGAUGCCGUGGACCUAUCAGAGUUCGAUGAGUACAUAGGAGUUAAGAACAAAGCAGGGUUCGACAAGUUCCUCACGCUAGGUAACAGUAGUGGGUCGACAGGCGGCGAGGGUGCCGCGCCGCCGCCGGCGGAGCCCGACCCGGCGCUGGACUCGAUGCACCUGAUGUUGGACCCGCACCUGCGGCCCAUCUCGCCGGACCUCGCCAGCGACGAGUCCAAGAGGAUAUACGAGGAGCACAAGCAGUUAGCCCCGGAGUAUCUCAGGGUUCAAACUGAGACUGCCUACCUCAGUAAACAUAAGUCAGAAUUAGAAGAACAAAUGGACGACGAGGAGCUACGGCAAAAGAGAGAAAUCAUUCAGCUAGAGAAUGAAAAGGACUCGCUAAUCAAACUGUACCACACGCUACGAAAGCAGCUAGCGCGAGCAGAAAACGACUGUUGGCUGCCGCCAGACAUGCGCCACGAGUGACGUCACUGGCGCAACACACGAGAUAACUUAUGACGUAGGCCGCUACUCCGCAAAACGAAUCGGAUAUAUUUGACUCUUUCACUCACGUGAGACAAUGUGAAAAAAGACAGAUGAACGUCAUUUGCGGAGUAGAACCGUUGUUUGUAACGUGAUGGUUGGUGACUGGCUUACCCUUUUGUUCGCCAGCACCAAACCAGAACUUUCGAAGAGAUGAAGUUAUCUAGAAAUACUUCGAGCGUAGAAGGACCAAUUCAAAAUGACGUCUGCCCUCGAACUGACUAUGAUCUGAAAUCUCCUGGAGCUGAUGGAUGGAGAAAGCUUCCUCCACACCUAUUUAAAGGCAUUUGGGUUUCGUGAUUUGGCAAUAUCGACACAAAAAUAAACAAUGUAGAUAAUUUCCACCAGAGCCCAAAACUUGUCGGAAUUAACUGUUAAAAAUAUCGAUUAAUUAUGAUAAUUUAUACAUAGCGACAUCAGAUCAUUGUCAUGUAGUUUCCUCGUGUUUUACAUCUGGAAAAGACGGUAUAGUCAUUAAAUGCUUUAAAAGUCAUUGAUUGAUUCGUUUGUAUUAUUUUAAUGAUAAGCAUUGAACAAUGUAUUCUAAUCUUUUUAGCCGUAAAACUUGCCAAAGCAAAGGGAAAACAAUUUUUCUCUAAUUUGGAAUCAUUAACUUUGGAAAUCGUGAUGUUUAUUGUCUGCAUUCACAUUAUUUUGCUUAGAGCUCAACACAGAACUAAAUGCAGGGUAUAAAAAUUAUAGAAAAUUAGAUUUAAUUUCCGAUUUUCUUAAUGAAUGGCUAAUUAUGAUACCUAAUGACCACCAUGUAAUUAUCAACCAAUGACUGAAAUGUUGACAAAUUAAAUAUUUUUAUUCUUGCGUCUAUUCAAGAAAUUAAAAUUUUAAAUGCCCUGCUUUUUGAGCCCGCAUAUGAACGAUCUUGUUGAUUCAGUUUUAUUAUUUUUAAAUACAACUAAGCACGUUUUAGUGCUUAAGAUGUUAGGUAUUAUUUGUGAAUGUAUCAAUGUGCAAUCACUAGCACAUGUUUAUAAUCUAAUCCUAUUAUUUUGUGUGUAUGCAUUUGUUUUGAUUGUAUAAAUGUAAGAUAGUAAAAUAGAUCUAUUAGUUAUUUAAGAUUACAAUGUUAAGUUUAAUAAAUAAUAAUUUAAAAAGCCA